AUGGCGCCCCUCAAAGUCCUGGUCAUAGGCGCCGGUGUUGGCGGCAUCGGCGUGGCAUUCUGGCUCGGAAAAGCGGGCCACGACGUGACGGUCAUCGAGCGCGCUCCUAAACUCCGCUCCGAUGGCCAGCAGAUCGAUCUUAGAGGCCAGGGCCUGACAGUCACGCGCCGCAUGGGCCUCAUCGACGCCGUCCGCAGCAAGCGCGUUGACGAGCAAGGCGUUAUGUUUGUCGACAGCAAAGGUACCAACAAAGCCUUCUUUGCCAUAAACGACACCGGAGAGGGAGCGCAAGGCUUCACCUCCGAGUACGAGAUCAUGCGCGGAGAUCUGAUUCGUGUCCUCUACGACGCCUCCCUCAAGAGCGGCAAUGCCAAAUAUGUCUUUGGCACCACCGCCACCUCCUUCUCCCAGAACGACUCGGACGCCAAGAGCGACGAUGGCGGCAAGGUCCGCGUCACCUUUAGUGACGGCCGCGAGGAGGAGUACGACCUCGUCGUCGGUGCAGAUGGCCAAGGCUCCCGCACGCGCCGUCAGCUCCUCGGCCUUACCCAAGGCCAGCGUGAUCCGACGUUAAAGUUCCUCGGCGUGUACGCAGGAUUCUACUCCCUUCCGCACGAAGGCACCCGCCCAAACGUCGCUACCGCCUACCACGCUCCCGGCGGCCGGCUGACAUUGACGCGCGUCGACAACCCCAAGACCUUUCAAGUCUACCACAUGAUCAGAGGCGACCACCCGCUCGGCCGCGACUUCGGAAUCGCCCUUGCCAAACGCGACGUAGUGGCACAAAAGCAGAUCUUGGCCGAGGCCUUCCAGGAUGCUGGCUGGGAGAGUAAACAGCUAGUCCACGGUCUGCUCCAUGACAAGCAAGCCGAUGAUUUCUAUGCCACCGAUGUCGCCAGUGUCGUCAGCCCCCUGUGGAGCAAGGGCCGCAUCGUUCUAUUGGGUGACGCCGGCUACAGCUCCGCCACCUUUUCCGGCUUCGGAACCUCCAUGGCCCUUAUCGGCGCGUAUGUGCUCGCCGGCGAGAUCGUCAAGAACACGACCUUCGACAAGGAUCAGCCGAGAAAGUCGCUGGCCGAUGGCAAAGUUCACGUCCUAAAGGCGCUGCGUGGGUACGAUGACGUCCUCCGGCCGUUCGCCUCGAAACUGCAGGACGCCGUCCCCAGCUGGAUCUGGUCGUUUGCGAUUCCACACUCGGCUUGGGGGGUUUGGCUGCUGAGGUUUAUCUGCACCGUGGUGACCUUGUUCAGGAUCGAUAAACUCGCACAACGUUUCGGCUCGGACGACAAAGAAGACUGGACUGUUCCCGACUACCCCGAAGUGGAUGCCUUGGUGAAGUCGUCAUAA